UCCGCCGUCGGUGCGUGGUGGCCCCGGCACCGUCCUCGCGAACUCGCCGCCCGCCAUGGCCGCUGCGGCCGCCCCCCGCAGCCUCCUCGUUCUCCUCCAGGUGCUCGCGCUCGCCCUGGCGCAGAUGAGAGGUCCCCCUGGAGAACGGGGCCCCCCAGGCCCCCCGGGGCCGCCGGGAGUGCCUGGAUCCGACGGCAUCGACGGUGACAAGGGGCCCCCAGGAAAAGCUGGCCCUCCGGGUGUCAAGGGAGAGCCUGGCAAAGCAGGGCCAGAUGGGCCGGACGGGAAGCCCGGGAUUGAUGGUUUAACUGGAGCCAAGGGGGAGCCUGGUGCCAUCGGGACCCCUGGAACCAAGGGCCAACCUGGGCUCCCUGGUCCUCCUGGCCUGCCGGGCCCUGGUUUUGCUGGACCUCCUGGACCACCUGGACCUGUUGGCCUUCCUGGUGAGAUUGGAAUCACAGGCCCCAAGGGGGAUCCUGGACCAGAGGGACCAGCGGGGCCCCCAGGACCCCCUGGGAAACCGGGUCGCCCAGGAACCAUCCAGGGCCUGGAAGGCAGCGCGGACUUCCUGUGUCCAACCAACUGUCCAGCGGGUGUGAAAGGGCCCCCAGGGCUGCAGGGAGUGAAGGGACAUCCGGGCAAACGCGGGGCUCUGGGUGAUCCUGGCCGCCAGGGGAAGCCGGGUCCCAAGGGAGAUGUGGGUGCCUCUGGAGAGCAAGGUAUCCCUGGACCACCGGGUCCCCAGGGCAUCAGGGGCUACCCAGGCAUGGCGGGACCCAAGGGAGAGAUGGGUCCUCGUGGAUAUAAAGGCAUGGUGGGCUCCAUCGGAGCUGCUGGGCCACCGGGUGAGGAAGGUCCGAGGGGGCCACCAGGCCGAGCCGGGGAGAAGGGUGACGUGGGCAGCCAAGGUGUUCGAGGACUCCAGGGGAUCCCAGGCCCGAAGGGAGCAACGGGACCCCCAGGCAUCGACGGCAAGGACGGGACCCCAGGCACACCUGGCAUGAAGGGCAGCGCAGGACAGGCAGGGCGGCCGGGAAGCCCAGGCCACCAGGGCCUAGCGGGUGUACCAGGCCAGCCUGGGACAAAAGGGGGCCCCGGAGACCAGGGUGACCCAGGCCGGCAGGGCCUCCCUGGAAUCUCUGGUCCCCCCGGGAAGGAGGGAGAGCCAGGGCCUCCAGGAGAAAUUGGUCCCCCAGGCAUCAUGGGGCAGAAGGGUGACCAGGGUGAGAGGGGGCCAGUGGGGCAGCCAGGCCCUCAAGGACAACCGGGCCCCAAGGGGGAGCAGGGCCCCCCCGGAAUUCCAGGGCCCCAAGGCUUGCCAGGCAUCAAGGGAGACAAGGGCUUCCCAGGGAAGACCGGGCCCCGUGGCGGAGUGGGCGACCCGGGGGUGGCCGGCCUCCCUGGAGAGAAAGGCGAGAAGGGCGAAUCUGGCGAGCCCGGGCCGAAGGGACAGCAAGGAGUCCGCGGAGAACCCGGCUACCCUGGCCCCAGCGGGGAUGCGGGCGCCCCAGGGGUGCAGGGCUACCCUGGGCUUCCUGGCCCUCGAGGACUGGCCGGAGACCGAGGCUUGCCGGGACAGCCUGGGAGACAGGGCCUGGCGGGCCGAGAUGCCAGCGACCAGCACAUCGUGGAUGUGGUGCUGAAGAUGAUGCAAGAGCAACUGGCAGAGGUAGCUGUGAGUGCCAAGCGAGAAGCCCUGGGUGCUGCAGGGAUGGUGGGCCCCCCAGGACCUCCUGGGCCCCCUGGGUACCCAGGCAAGCAGGGACCCCAUGGGCACCCUGGCCCUCGGGGCAUUCCUGGCAUCAUCGGAGCUGUGGGUCAGAUUGGCAACACGGGGCCCAAGGGAAAACGUGGAGAGAAGGGUGAUCAAGGAGAAGUGGGACGUGGGCACCCGGGGAUGCCUGGGCCCCCAGGAAUCCCAGGUCUCCCUGGCCGGCCUGGCCAGGCAAUCAAUGGCAAGGAUGGAGACCGAGGGUCCCCAGGGGCUCCAGGAGAGGCAGGCCGACCUGGCCUGCCAGGCCCCGUGGGGCUGCCAGGCUUCUGUGAGCCUGCAGCCUGCCUCGGAGCCUCAGCCUAUGCCUCUGCCCGCCUUACGGAACCCGGAUCCAUCAAAGGGCCAUGAGCAUCAGGCCCAGACAGAGAGCAGCGGCAUCCUGGGUGGGGUAGGACCAGGUCCCCUCUGGGUGGACAUGCACCUCGUCCCUCAGCCCAGGAAAGCAACUUUCCCAGGACCUUCUGUCUAGAACCCAGGAGCCCUGAGGAAAAGGAAUUCUAAAACAUGGGGGAAGGGGAGGUAGGGCACUAGAGUGAGGAGGUGAGGCCGAUAGACAGGGCAAGGGUCGCUGGAGAGUCGAAGCUCUGGAGGGAAUGGGGUGGCUUUCCUUCCCGGAGCACCACUCAGCUGUUACCAAACAAUGUCUCCUUAACCUGCA